UGAGUUGAUCUGCUGCUGCUUGGUUAGCGCAUACGGGGCUUUAAGCUGCACAACAGUGAGAGGGAGUGAGAGAGAGCUCCGGAGAGGAGGAGAGGAGAGGGCUGAGCUAACCCACAACAAGCACCACCACGGCCAUCGCAGACAGGCAGACGGACAGACGGCAGGACGGAUACACGGGUGGGGGCUGUGCUAGGCGGCUCGGCGGCAGGCUGGUGGAAGAUGUCGUCAGGAGCCGGUGGGAGGGGAGGAAGGCGGCUCAGGGGGACUGCAAGCAGUGGGGGAGGAGGGGGGAGAGGAGGGGCAGGAGAAGCAGAGGAAGGCCCCGUGGGGAUCCCUUUCCCCGAGCACAGCGCAGACAUCCUGGGCAGCCUGAACAAGCAGCGGCUCAGUGGCCUGCUGUGUGACGUGCUGCUGGUCACACAGGACCGGGAGUUCCCAGCUCACCGCUCUGUCCUGGCGUCUUGCAGCUCCUACUUCCACAAGCUCUUCACUUCAGGGGCCACUGCUGACCAACAUAACAUCUAUAACAUUGAGUUUGUGACAGCGGAGGCUCUGGGAGCGUUGCUGGACUUUGCCUACACAGCCACAUUGAUGGUCAGUCACAGCAGCGUGGCUGACAUCCUUGCCGCUGCACGCCUCCUGGAAGUCCAACCUGUCCAGGACGUCUGUACACACCUGCUGGACACCAAAGUGCUCUCCCCGCCGGCGGGCAGUGAGCGAAGAGAUGAAGAUGAAGAUGAGGAGGGGAAGGGCAGAGGAGGCAGGGAGCAGGGGAACCGGGUGCGGGCCCGGGAGUACCUGGAGUACUUCCAGAGAGGGGCUCAAUGGAGCAGCAGCUGCAGCACGCCAGAGCUCAGGGACCUGCCCACACACCUGCACUUUAACCACGGCAAUGGGGGGACCCCCAGCAAUGGGGCUCCUGGUGGCCCCGGUGAGUACUACUCCCCCCUGGCCCUUGCCUUGGCCCAAGCCCCUACACAAGAGCCAGAGGAAGAGGACGAGGAUGAAGAGGAAGAAGAGGAUGGGGAGGCAGUGCAGGGGAACGGAGCAAGCCUUGGGUCAUCUUACUAUCCUCCAUCUCAAAAUGGGCACUUCUACCUCCCCCCGGAGUCGAGGCUGGGGCAGGACACAGAAGUGGAGGACAGCAGAGAAGCGAUGGUGAGGGACAGGGGUUCAGCCAGUGCCCUCCUGCAGCAGAUGAUGGACUCCAUCGAGAGACAGAAAGAGCGUGCAACAACCGGGGAGGAACCGGUGGAUGGGGAUGACCCUGAUAUGGAAUUUUACUUGAAUUAUUUUAACAGCACGCAGCAUGAGGAUACAGCUUCUGCUGCUGUGACACAGGGAGUGCCACCGCUCUGGUUAUCACGGGGCAGUACAGGCCAAGACAGAGUAGGAGGAGGAGGGGAGAGGGGGGUUGGAGAGAGAGGCAGUGGGGGAGGAGGAGGAGGUGGAGGAGAGAGGAAGAUGCGCUCUAAGGCCUUCCAGAAGUGCCCCAUAUGCUCCAAGGUCAUUCAAGGAGCAGGCAAGCUACCCCGCCACAUCCGAACACACACGGGAGAGAAACCCUAUGAAUGCGCCAUCUGCAAAGUGCGCUUUACCAGGCAGGACAAGCUCAAGGUUCAUAUGCGGAAGCAUACAGGAGAGAAGCCUUACCUUUGUACGCAAUGUGGAGCUGCCUUUGCUCACAACUACGACCUGAAGAACCACAUGCGUGUUCACACAGGCCUGCGCCCCUACCAGUGCUCCAGCUGCUUUAAGACUUUCGUGCGCUCAGAUCAUCUGCAUCGCCACCUCAAGAAGGACGGCUGCAACGGCAUCCCCUCUCGUCGAGGCAGAAAGCCUCGAGUGAGAGAGCCCGGACUCCUCGAGGCUGCCCCGCUAGGCCUGCUGAGCCCCGGCUCCGACACUGGCCCUGGGCCUCGUAACAUCAGGGGACGGCGGCGCUCAGAGGCAACCUCAGCGGCAGAGGUGGAGGUGGAUGCUGGAGCCCAUGCACACAGUCCUCAGCUGCGGGAGUUGGCAGGAGAGGCAGGGCCCUGAGACUGCAGGGGUGACAAGGACACUGCUGGACACCGUUGUCACUCUGCGUCGCCUGUGAGACAGGCCAGUGAACAGAGAGGAGAAAAGGCAAACUUUAAAAAAAACAAAAACAAAACAACUAACUAUUCCUCUAUAAACCAAAUCAGGGUGUCACAAAAAUCUAAUCUUUAUAUUUCUUUCUCCUUUUACUUUAGGAAAUGGAGUAGACUUGCAAGCACUUGAGUCGGUUUAUCUGUUAAAGAGCAAAGAACGCUUCAAAUCAUGCACCCAUGAUGUCCACUUUCUGGGCCAUUUCUUUCUUUAUAAUAGUAGGGGUUUUAUACAUUGGCAUAUGUGCUUAGGCAAAUGUAUAAUAGAUACAAAGAAACUCUGAGCAACUAUGCAGUUGAUUUAGAUUUUUAUUGGUUUUGUCCUCACAGCCUUCAAGCUCUAAGCAAGGUGUCUGUCAAGCACCUUCUGGCUGCUGUACGGGUGAAGCGAGGACAAAUCCUCCCAGUGAAAAACUACUCUUUUUCUAUUCUUUUGCAGGUCUGAAAUGUACAGUUACCAUAGAAACAACAUUGCCACAAUACGGCAUAUGCAAGGAAAACUCACCACAAUUUUGAUGCAACAGUUUUUUCUCUCUAAAUGUUCCAGAAAGAAUCAGACAAGGGUUUGAUUGAAGUGUUACUUACUCUAUAAAAUGCAUUCUAAGAAUUUAUGGUUUGUCUUAUUGAAAAACAAAUUUAUGUUGAGUCGAAUCCACGUUAAUGGGGGCUCGUCAGUUGCAGGACUAGGGAAUAUGAGGGGUGGAGGGUUUGUGUUUUUAAAGCACUACCAUUGUCAAUGUAUCGUUGGCUUGACUACGUUGCCUCUUAUCCCUCACACCCUGCAAUUUCAGCGUUUCUAUUUUCCCUUUUGAUUUGUCUUAAUUAUUUUUUUGUCGUCGUUCCUUUUUGAGUCGACUGCUUCGGGUACUUGACACUUUAUAAUUGUAUACAUGUAUAUACAGCAGGUGGUGAUAUGACAUUGGUCCCCUCUUAAUGCUGAGGUGUACUUACCCAUUGGGAUUUUCCUCUUAGGCUUGAUGUCAUAUUUCUCACAGAGUGAAGCUUGUGGGUGAACGAAAAACAAACUGUAUGAAUGUUCAGUGAAAGAAAGCCCAUUUGUCCUAAACUUAACACUUGACAUGUAUAGUUCCUGCCCAAAGGAUGAGGAGGUCGAUUGAAUGAAUGUGCUUAACUUUGUGCAGUUUUUUUCGGAAUCUGUCCUUGUGUGACAAGGCGCGGGUAGCAUUUAACCAACCGCAGGUUAAAGGAAUGGCAGGGAGCCCAAAUGAGAGAGUGACAAAGAGUACGAAGAAGAGAUAGAAGAGCACCUUUUUUUUUCUAUGUUUGCACAGCUUUACUAAAGAUAUCCAACAGAGCGAGAGAGAGGUAUAUUUAAAGGAAGUGGGCUGGUGUUGGGAAGGGAGUGAAAGGAGGUGUAUGUAUCAUGCUUAUUCCAAUCUUUUUGCCCUAGGGACCACACAACCGUGAGGCAACCUGUAUGAUGAAGAGAGCAAUAAAUACCUGUCGAAGUUGGGAGGCCAAAUAGGAGCGCAGCUGCAGCUGGUUGAUGGGGGAGGGGAACAAGGGAAGGGGAGGGGGAUCUCACAAUGUCUGUUGCAUUCCAAAAAAUAAUCUCCCCCAGCUCAGCCACGUUUCCAGGCAGGAGGGGAUCAAAUCAGGCCUUUUCUCUCCCUCCCUCUCUCUCCCUCUGUAGUCCUCUAAUGCCCCCGAACCAGCCUGGAGGGGAUAUUAUUAUAUUAGAGCCUGGUGUUACUGUGGGUAGGACGCCUGGUGCUGGCAGUUUAGUGUGCAAGUGUGUUUACAUGUACGUGUGUUGUUGUGCAUGUGUGUGCGUGGCAGCCAGGGUCCCUCUGGCCACAUCAUCACUGUGUGAGUCAGCCACAGCCUGUUCAAACAUGCACCCUGAGCUGCCAGCCCCAAUGCACUUUCUCCGUCUCUCAUACACAGUCAUGCACAUGCUCACACUCACUGGGUCCAGGUAUCCUGUGGAGAAGGAGAGAACACCAGAGCUGACAUAUCUUUCUGAAUAUUGUCUAUGACUCCAUACAUCUGGAUUUGUUAGUCUUAAAAAUAUCCAAGUUGUGUGUUAUUGUACUCCACAUCCAAUGUCAUUUUCCAAACUAGCACAUUGAGCUUUUGAGUCAAGAAGAGAACAUGCAUGGGAUCGAGUCCCCCCCCACCCCCCACACCUAUAAUGUCUGCAGUAGUGCUGUAGUUUAACUAUCAGUCCUUUGCACCUUAAUUGGAAAGAGGCAGGUUAUAAAUGCACUUUGUUACUGAGGAGGGCACUUUUGUCAACGAAACGGGUACUUUGAAACAAACCGGUUGCAAAUGAGAUCAGUCCUUUCUUCUGUCCAUGGUGGUGAAGUUGUGCUUCUUCAUUGGUUUUGUUCAGGUUUUGAUGACAAGCUGCCAAAAAAGAAAAAAAAAAAAAAAUCAAACCAGAAAUAUAUGAGGUCAGGUCUCUAAAAGAGAAACCAGGUUCCGAUACAAAAAUGUUUUGUGACGUUAAAAAAAAAUUAAUUAAUUAAUGUAACUGAUUGCACUUGAAGUUAGUUGUUAAAAGAAAUCUAGUGUGUAUGUCUUAAUGUAAAGUAAGGGGAUGGAAGGAGGAGGCAGACUAAGAAGAAAGGGCACCGUGUGUGUGUAUGUAGGCACGCUUUCUUUCUUUUUUGCGUGCAUGUGCACAAGCAUGCGCUGCUGGCUGGCAGACUGGAGGGUCUCAGGACAAGCUUGGAUAAACAAACUUCGUGUCUACCCCAUCUGUUCACCAGCUACUCUCAUAACUACACGUGUUCUCUGAGGAAACCACGGUGAUAAUAGGUCCACGGUACCACAGAAGCAAAAAUACCAUAUUGUAAAACAACUCACUGGACAGUUGCUUGUUUACUUCACAUCUCUCUUGGUGCCGAUUUGCAGAAUUCUUUGUUUACCCUUGUCGGUCAUUGUCAGGGGUUAGUCUUGGUCUUGGUCUUAAGAAUUUGAGCUUCUAUUUUUGCUUCUCCGUUAUGGUAAUGAUUGGUUUAUUAUUGCACAGUUUGACUCCCACACACAGACCAAUGUAAGCUGAUGUCUUCGUGGUUUGUGAUCUUUUAUGUAUAGUGGUACUUGGUAUGGACUGCUUACACUAAACCAAUUUUGUCUUGAUGUGGCAGAAUUUUUACAUAACCUGUCGAGACCUGUGAGCCAUAUAAACAUAUGUGUCUUUGGACCUUAAUAUUUCCCCAGAAGUCUUAUGUUGUUUGUUGUUUAACCAAAGCUUUUUGCCCCCAAUAUUAGUCUGCUAUAGACUAGAAAUAUUGAAAGUAUGUGUAUAAUUUAUCCAAACUGGGCCUCCCUGACUUAAGCCACACACAGAUGCCCUCCUCCUGAAUACAUAUGCAGAAAUGUGUGUGGAAUGAUACAGAUUUUUUUACUUGAGUUUGCUUUCUCUCGCUCUUUGUAUUCUUGUGGACAAUUGAAUCAGAGGUUUAAGGAUGUAUAGUUUUUUUUCAGUCUGUCUACACUCAUUUUUCUUGAAAAUUGAUAUGCUACGGCUAUUUUUAUUUUCUAACAAUUUAUUUUACAUGGCUGUGCGUGUGUGUGUGUGUGUGUGCGUGUGUGUGUGUGUAUGCUUGUGUGCGUGAGGGUUGGGGUCAUGUUUUUGGGUUGCUGUGCCAGGGGGGUGGGGUAAAUGGGUGCUUGGGUGGGGUUAUGGAUAUAAAGCCUGAUAGCACUGGAAAUGGUGCUUUAGCUGAGAGAGCAAAAGUUUGCACUAAUGUUAAAUGUCCUUGUCCUGCUUAUGGGAGAAGGGCAGGAGACCUCAGAAAGGCCUGCGAGUUUCCAUGAGCACAGAGCAGUGUGGUAAAUACUCAAUGGUCUCAUAAAGAGUCCAUCCAACCCCUCCACAGAAAUAAUCAUGUACAGUAUAAUAAGAUAUAUACAUACGUCCAACAUCAACAAAUACCAAAGGAGAAAAAAUGACUUGCAUUGAAGUCAUUGGACAUUUUAAGCUACCAAUCUUAUGUUGGAUUCAUAGAGAUUUAUGGUUAAAUCCGGACGUUCUUGAAAAGAGAUUCUGGAUGUAACUUUUGAUGUAAAGUAGAAAUGGUGUGAUGACAGCAAAUCAUGUUUGCUCUUCAUUUUGAGAAAUAUUCCAAAUAUACAAGAUUGUAGGCAUUUAGAAAGUAGCAAAGCCUCUCCGAAAACAUUCGAAACAUUUGAGCUGGUUGACAUGUACAGUGUGCAGGUGCCAGAGAUAUGGAAUCAAAUUCAGAGAUGUUUCUUUUUGUCACCAAUUGUCUCAUGUUCAGUCCGCUGCUGAAUAAUUAAUCUUCAAAAAUAAUGUUAUUUUUAAACACUGUUAUUUUGAUCUUUGCUGAAUUGGAUGAUUUCAGUUAACUGUCUGAAAAGGUUAAGCUGAAUUGAAAUGUUCUCUAACUGUGACUCUGUGGCCGUGUCUGAGCAGCACUAAGCUUGUUGAUUUCAUGUUUCCAGACAGUAGUAUUGUGUAGUGUGGAGCUGAGGCUCACUCCCACCAGAUGGGCCUUAAGUGGACAGGGAUCGACAAAACUCACACCUUCUCCUUUUAUUGUAAACACUUGUUUUCUGCCCAUAUUUUUUACACCAAAUUGUGGAAGCUGAUUGGCUUCAUAAUUAACCAUUUCGCUGUUAAAGCUUUACUUGAAUUAAUUCAUAAUAAUGUCUCUGCAUUUGUCACUAGUUCAACGCUGUGUCUCUAUGGUUCCACAACUGGUGUGUCCCCAGCCUCAGCCCCAGACCAAGGUUACUCUGACACAGGCUACACUGAGACAGUCUCUGAACUUCAUUGCAUUGAGUUUUUCAAAUUGACCUUGAUGUGGGGUUUUUUUCCUAUGCUGUUAUCAAAGAUUUUUUUGGUGAAUAUAUCUGAGAGGGCCAUAAAACAAAGAUGACCAACAACUAUGAUAACAAUGAUAACUAUAAAUAAUCAAACGAAGCGGGACGGGGUGACUGUUAUUGUGGCGAUUCGUUUCAACAGAAGGGGGACUAUUUGCUUUGCUUCGUCAUUUCGCUGCACACCUGAUUUUUUUGUGUUUUCCAUCAGGCUCUUGAUGCAUAGCAAGCUGAGCGCAGCAUAUGCAGUACAGCUCUAUGCGCAGCGUGGCUCUGGCACUUACACAGACAGCCCAGGGUCCUUCAGAGAGGCAGGCUGCUCUCAGCCAAGUGGGGACAGUUUGCACUUGGAGUCUUUCUCAGUCUCUGGGGUUGCAAAGGUUGACAAAAUAUAUGUGGUAGGGGAAGGCAGGAUGUAUGCAUGCUGUAGUGUUUUCAGGGAUGAGGUGAGAAAGCCCAGGUGUGAACUAUUUGCUGAGCGAUGGUUCAGUGUUGGUCCUCCAAACUGGUAGGAAUUGCACGCCCACAACAUGAUAAGAAUUGUAAUACAAAGGAGGUCACCACAGAUUUUACACUGGGGAACUGCAACAAGGACAAUGUUGCUGAUCUCUUUUGUCUCUAUGUAAGUACUUCUCAGGUGGAAAAUACACUGCUAUGCAUUGGGUUUCAAUGUCUGCUCAGUUUAUGGUAUGUCUGAUCACCUUCUGAAUUACUUCUCUGUCUUUACCUUUCUUGUUCAUACCAAUAUUUAACAUAAUAGUUCCCGGAAAGAUAAAAGCAAGAACAGUUCCCUCACUGUAAAGGGGCUGUGACCAGCCUAUUUCUCCAUCUAAUAUUGAUCCGGUGAAUUGUUUGUUGGAGGGAAGGAAGCCACUGGAGAUUCAAAAUGUCUUAUUAGUCAGACUGUAACAUGUUUGAAAGGAGAUGGGGUUGGAAAAGCACGGGGGUGUAUGUGUGGGGGGGGUGGUGGGGUGGGGUGGGGUUGUAUGUUCUCUUACUUUCUUCUCCCAUCACUCUCCCUCUCUCCAGACAGAGUUAGUCUACGUCUUUGCUGCCGACUGGCCUUUGAUCAAAGAUCACACACCCUCAGCAGGGGAAUCGACAGGAGAGAAAGGAGGGAGAGGGGAUUGAAUAAGGUAUGGAGGAAGAGACCGUUUCAGUUUUGCAGUCACCCAAACCAUUUUAGGAUAAAUUCCAUAACUUCAUACUGUGAUUCCCACUUUAGAGGUUUUGGUUGGUGUAAAGGAUGUAAGUUGGAGACGGUCAACACUUUGUAGUUGGCUGUUUCACCCAGUCUGCCUUCCCUCACUAUCCAUCUACUGUGUGACAGACAUAGUUCAAAAAGCCCCCGGUGUAUCGCUAUCCAACUGCCUUUUUUCAGCUUAUGCGAUUGUAACAAAAGCACUUUGCGAAAGGCCAUCCUGAAUUUUGUGUGCUUUUAUUUUAUGGUUAUCACUAUUGUUAUUAUUUUGUUGUUCCUGUUGAUGUUUUUUUUCUCUAAGAGCAAAUGAUUAUUUAAAUGCAAAAAAACAAUAUGACGAAAAAGGAAAAAAAAAAGAAAAAAAACUUGAAUUCUUGGUAUGUGGAUUGAUGGUGGUUCGAGCUACUGCCUCAUCUGGACUUAAACAAACACAUCUCUGUUAUACUACCACCAUACCUGUUAUAUGCAGCUUAUUGCAUAGUCACACAAUGGCAGGGGGGGACCCAGGAUGGAUCUCCCCCUACCUGCUCUCCGCUUACUGUUUCAGAUCUUGUUGGGAGAAAGGUCAUUUUGAUCUCAUUUUGGGAGACUCCUUUUCUUGAAAAAGAAAACUGUAUAACAGUUGCAAAGCUUUCUGAGAAGGCUAGCUGUGCUGAAUGUUAAACACGCAGUGUUGUAUCCACUGCAGAAUCUCUGUGUCUGCAAUAACACCCUGUCUGUGUAGUAAAAGGCUGGAUCUGGUAUCCAUAUAGAGUUUAAAUGAUUAUGAAAGACGGAUGAAAUGGCCAAAUGACCAUCAUGCACUUUUGCAAAUCAGUACAGAAUUUCUUUGGCCUUAACAUCUAUGUCAAAUCAAGAUUUACUGCAGUAGAGUGGGAAGAAGAAUAUUGAUCAUAAUAUACAUGAAAUAAAUCCAUAGUUAAGUAAAUGGUUUAACUUGGGAGAGAGAAAUAGGCUACUAUUUAUAAUAGGUUGAUUUGUAACUGUGAUUAUUAUGAUAAUCCUUUAGGGAGAUUGAAACUUUUCUGAUGUAUAUUUUAAAGAGGCAGAAUAUUUCCCAACACUCAAAUGUGGACAUGUAAUUGUAAAUGCACGCUGAGUCACAUGAGGCAGAAAACAGCUGUUGCACUUCUGUGUCUGUCUGUGUGUGUGUAAUAAAACUUUAUCCUUGUUGCACAUCUCACCACACCCAGUCUGUCUGUCCUAAAGGCAGACUACCUGCUUUAACAUCCACUAAAUUUGGUCACAAAGUGCAACGCCAUUCAAUGUUUUGACCUGCAGAGUGCAGCAGCUGUUUUCCUCCCUGUGUGAUUUGAAUGUGGAUUGACCUUUUUUUUUCUUUU